UUGUCAUCAUAUCCAUGUACCUGGCAGCAGUCUAGCUCAGUACCUUGCAGCCUGCACUUGUCUACACGCUUGCAGCAUGGGGUUCGUGUACCGAAUCGCGAGCCCGUCGGAGUACCUGGCCAUCACCGGGUACGGCGUGGACGACGUGAAGCUGGCGAAGAAGGCGUGGAUCGCGCCGGGGCAGCGGUGCGCGCGCUUCGACAUCUCCCCGGUGAACUACACCUUCGAGGUGCAGGCGAUGAGCGCCGAGAAGCUCCCCUUCGUGCUCCCCGCCGUCUUCACCAUCGGCCCGCGCGCGGACGACGUCGAGUCCCUGCUCCGCUACGCCAAGCUCAUCUCCCCGCACGACAAGCUCUCCCGCCACGUCAACGAGCUGGUCAAGGGCGUGAUCGAGGGCGAGACGCGCGUGCUGGCGGCGUCCAUGACCAUGGAGCAGAUCUUCCACGGCACCAAGUCGUUCAAGCAGGCCGUGUUCGAGAGCGUGCAGCUGGAGCUCAACCAGUUCGGCCUCAUCAUCUACAACGCCAACGUGAAGCAGCUGGUGGACGUGCCGGGGCACGAGUACUUCUCCUACCUCGGCCAGAAGACGCAGCAGGAGGCCGUCAACCAGGCCAAGGUGGACGUGGCCGAGGCGCGCAUGAAGGGGGAGGUCGGCGCCAAGGAGCGCAAGGGGAUGACGCGCCAGAACGCCGCCAAGGUGGACGCCGAGACCAAGGUGUACACGGUGAAGCGCCAGGGGGAGGGCUCCAAGGAGGAGGCCAGGGUGACGGCGGAGGUGAGGGUGUUCAGGAACGAGAGGGACGCCGAGGUGGCGCAGGCCGACGCGGAGCUGGCCAUGAAGAAGGCCGGGUGGGAGCAGCAGGCGAGGGUGGCGGAGGUGGAGGCGGCCAAGGCCGUGGCCAUACGCGACGCGCAGCUGCAGGUGGAGGUGGAGCGCACCAACGCCGCCAGGCAGACGGAGAAGCUCAAGGCCGAGCACCUCAGCAAGGCCGUCGUGGACUACGAGAUGAAGGUGCAGCAGGCCAACUGGGAGCUCUACAACCGGCAGAAGGCGGCGGAGGCGCUGCUGUUCGAGCAGGAGAGGCAGGCGGAGGCGCGCCGCGCGAUGGCGGACGCGGAGUUCUUCGCGCGGCAGCGGGAGGCCGAGGCCGAGCUCUACGCCAAGCGCAAGGAGGCCGAGGGGCUGGCGGCCAUGGGAGAGGCCCAGAGCGUGUACCUGUCCUCCAUGCUCGGCGCGCUCGGCGGCAGCUACGGCGCGCUCCGCGACUACCUCAUGAUCAGCUCGGGCGUGUAUCAGGAGAUGGCGCGCAUCAACGCCGACGCCAUCAAGGGGCUCGAGCCCAAGAUCAGCGUGUGGAGCAACGGCUCUGCUUCCGAGGGUGGCGACGGCGCCAUGAAGGAGAUGGCCGGGGUGUACAGGAUGCUGCCGCCGCUGCUGACGACGGUGCACGAGCAGACUGGGAUGCUACCGCCGGCGUGGAUGGGCACUCUCAAGGGCGGCACCUCCACGUCCACCUGAGCUUGCCACGAAGUUUCAAGUACGUGCACUCGUGCACCAUAUAUAUGCCAGUGUGGUUGUGAAUGCGUGUGAGAUACGUCAACAUUAGGGCGUUUUAUUUACUUCGGAAAACAUGUACUACUGUUUAAUUUGCUCAUGAAUAAACCAAGGAUGUGUCUAGCUUGCAUCUAGAUGAGAAGAGUGUGGCUAGGUCUCAGUUAAGUGACAUGGUAUAAGGAAAAAAACUAAAGAAAAAAGAUGUGACUGGGUCUCAGACUCUCAGUCGACUGAGAUUUAACCAAGUCUCAGUCAAGUGACAUAAUAUAUAAAAGAAAAAAAGUAAAAUUGAAAAGAAAGUUUUGCACGAAUCUCAAUGUAAAAUCUCACGGAUAUAGUACCGAUUGAGACUUAAUGAAGUCUAAGUCGACUGGAAAAAAAUUAUACGAAUUUGUAUGCAAGAUCAAAGAAAUAUAGCAUCAACCGAGGCAUCUCAGUCGAUUGAGACUUAGCAAAACUGGAGAAUAGCUAUAUCUCAUCUAACUUCCUCCAUCAACAGAAACGAAAUAUUAGACGAUUUCAAAUAGAGGGAAUAUAUCAUUGAAUUCUACCUAGACAUUCGUGGGGAUUUUUUCAUUUUAUUUUUGUGUUUGAUUAAUCAAAUUGUGUAGGAGUUAGAUUUGACUUUGUCUGUUUUUCUUUUUAUGCACCGUUGAAUGAACGAGCAAUUAGCUAAUUAUAAAAAGUUAAAGAAAAGAAUGAAAAAAAAAUAAGAAAACGGGCUGGCUCUUCCCUACG